UCCACCCCCUUCCACCCUCCCCUAAGUUUUCUGAUACUGCGCUCGCCGUGUCUUCCCACCCUUGAGCUCCACCCCCACUUCCCUCUCCACCUUGCCUCAUUUCCUCGCUGCAUUCACCCACCUUCGUAACGGCAAUCUAUAUAAAUGGCGAAUGAACCCUUGCUUGUCAACUCCACACCAUUCUCAGCGUAACAUUCUCCACGCAGGGUCAUCGUUGCCUUCCCACUUUGGCUACUCUCUUCUUUGGUUGCGGGACAUCAUCUGUUCCCCACAGUCGAGCCGUUUGACACUCCGCACUGGUCGCCGGUUGGAACAUGGCGAAGGGAGGAACACCGCGAAGUUGGAGCAAGAUCGUGCCACUGGGAAUCCAUCUGCCAAACCGAGGAAUGCAAAUGGGGCCAUCAAGGAGUGCAUGAUUGCCAAGAACAAGAGUGCAGAAUGGAAGCCACUCCAAAAGAGAGGCGAUGUGAUUGUGAUCACCACUUUUCUGAACCCUGAUACCUUUCACCAAGUCGAGGAAUUUAUCUAUGUUUCACCUGCAUUGCGAUGUCUGCAACGUAGUGAUGCUGAUAUGUGUCAUUUUUGGACUUGUGCAGGUGACAAAGAGGAUCUUCAAGGAUAUGAAAGAUAAUGUGAAAAGAUGCAUUCCAACGUCGAAGAGCUCAAGCAUUGUUCCCUAUCAGGAGGAUGGCUAGACAUAAUCUUGGUCACUUAGACAGGAAUAAGUUCCUAGGAUUUAACUUACCCCGAAGCUUUGUACAGUAGUUCAAUGGAACAGA